UUCACGCUUUCUUUUUAUUAUAGUUUCUUGAUUUUUCAUCUUCUUGUUUCUUGUUUUGGUUUCUCCUUUUGUUUAUAUGAAUUUGUAUUGGUUCGGUUUAAUAUCGGGAUUUUGCUAAACCGGACCGGAGAGGCGAUGCCGACACCGGUAACCACGGCGAGGCAAUGUUUAACCGAAGAAACGGCACGUGCACUAGACGACGCUGUCUCCGUCGCGCGUCGUCGUAGCCACGCUCAAACGACGUCUCUUCACGCCGUUUCGGGUCUUUUGACGAUGCCUUCGUCGAUCCUCAGAGAAGUUUGUAUCUCACGCGCCGCUCAUAACACACCUUACUCCUCACGUCUCCAGUUUCGCGCGCUUGAGCUCUGCGUCGGAGUUUCUCUGGACAGGCUACCUUCUUCGAAGUCUCCGACGGCGGUGGAAGAGGAUCCUCCGGUGUCGAACUCGCUCAUGGCUGCGAUCAAAAGGUCUCAGGCGACUCAACGACGUCACCCGGAGACUUAUCAUCUCCAUCAGAUACAUGGGAACAGCUCCCAAACGACGUCGGUUUUGAAAGUUGAGUUGAAGUAUUUUAUACUAUCCAUUUUAGACGACCCGAUUGUGAGUCGGGUCUUUGGUGAAGCCGGGUUUAGAAGCACCGACAUUAAGCUCGACGUGCUUCAUCCUCCGGUGACGUCUCAGUUCUCGUCGAGAUUCACGUCACGAUCUCGUGUCCCUCCUCUGUUUCUAUGUAAUCUACCGGAAUCUGAUUCGGGUCGGGUUAGAUUCGGGUUUCCUUUUGCUGAUUUCGACGAGAAUUGUAGGAGGAUCGGUGAAGUUUUGGGGAGGAAAGAUAAGAAGAAUCCAUUACUAGUUGGUGCUUGUGGUGGUGAAGCUCUCAAAAUGUUUACUGAUUCGAUAAACAGAGGAAAGUUUGGAUUUUUACCUCUGGAGAUUAGUGGGUUAAGUGUAGUUAGUGUAGAGAUUAGUGAAGUUUUGGCUGAAGGGUCGAGGAUCGAUGUAAAGGUUGAUGAUUUAGGGAGACUGAAGUCAGGAAUGGUUUUGAAUCUUGGAGAGUUGAAGGUUUUAACCAGUGAGGCUUUCUCAGGUGAUGUUGUUGAGAAGUUUGUGUUGAAGCUCUCGGAUUUGUUGAAGCUUCACCGUGAGAAGCUUUGGUUUAUUGGGAGUGUUUCGAGUAACGAGACGUAUUUGAAGCUGAUUGAGAGGUUUCCGAUGAUUGAUAGAGAAUGGAAUCUUCAUCUUCUUCCUAUUACAUCUUCUUCGAGUCAAGGGGUUUAUCCAAAAUCCAGUUUGAUGGGCUCGUUUGUUCCGUUUGGAGGGUUUUUCUCAUCAACAUCGGAUUUUAGAGUACCGUUUAGUAACUCAAUGAAUCAGACUCUGCCUCGGUGUCAUCUCUGUAAUGAGAAGUAUGAGCAAGAAGUUACAGCCUUUGCAAAGUCCGGGUCACUUAUAGAUGAUCAAUGUGCGGAGAAGUUACCUUCUUGGUUACGAAAUGUGGAGCCUGAACAAGACAAAGGACUUCUCCGAAAGGCUAAAGAUGAUCCAAACGCAUUAGCCUCUAGGAUUCCCGCUUUGCAGAAGAAAUGGGACGACAUUUGUCAAAGGAUCCAUCAAACUCCCGCAUUUCCUAAACUCAGUUUCCAGCCCGUUAGGCCGCAAUUCCCGCUUCAGCUGGUUCCGUCUAGCCACACCAAGAUGAGUCUUGGAAGCCCAACUGAAAAAACUGUAUGCACUAGGACAUCUGAAAGCUUUCAGGGGAUGGCUCAAGCGCAGAAUCUGCCACACCAACCCGGUUUAUCAGUAAAAAUCUCGAAGCCUAAACAGACCGAGGAUCCAGCAAGUCGCACAACAAACUCGCCUUUGAGCUGUGUUACGACAGAUUUAGGGUUGGGAACAAUCUACGCAUCGAAAAACCAGGAAUCAAGCACACCGAUAUCAGUUGAAAAGAGAGACUUUGAAAUGAUCAUAGCAAAACCAUUGUUGGCGGCCCCAAGGUAUUGCAAAGAUUUCAAGUCUCUCAGGGAAUUACUCUCUCGGAAAGUCGGUUUUCAGAACGAAGCUGUAAACGCCAUUAGCGAAAUCGUUUGUGGAUACAGAGAUGAUGAGUCCAGGAGAAGAAACCACAUAGCAAACACAAGUAAUGUUUGGCUUGCUCUUCUUGGACCUGAUAAAGCCGGGAAAAAGAAAGUAGCAUCAGCUCUUGCUGAAGUCUUCUGCGGUGGCCAAGACAACUGCAUUUGUGUGGAUUUCCAGUCGCAGGACAGUCUUGAUGACAGAUUUAGAGGGAAAACAGUUGUUGACUAUAUUGCUGGCGAAGUGGCAAGGAGGGCGGAUUCUAUUGUUUUCAUUGAAAACGUUGAGAAAGCCGAGUUUGUUGAUCAGGUCAGAUUGUCAGAUGCUGUGAGAACUGGAAAAAUCCGUGAUUCACAUGGGAGAGAAAUCAGUAUGAAAAAUGUUAUAGUUGUUGCUACUAUUUCUGGAAUUAAUAAAGACAGUGAUGGUCAUGUUCUUGAAGAGCCAAUCAAAUAUUCCGAGGAAAGCGUUCUCAGUGCAAGAAACUGGAAACUUCAGAUAAAACUAGCCGACAAUGCUUUGAACGUUAACAAGAAUGGUGGUCUGAAUAAGAGAAGACAAGAGGAGACAGACACAGGAGUUACAGAGCUUCGAGCCCUUAAGUCUCAACGUUCGUUUCUUGAUCUUAAUCUUCCGGUGGAUGAGACAGAAGCAAACGCAGAUGAAGCAUCUGCAAUGUCCGAGAACACAGAAGCUUGGCUUGAGGAUUUUAUGGAACAAGUAGACGGGAAAGUGACGUUCAAGCAGAUUGACUUUGAUGGGUUAGCCAAGAACAUAAAAAGGAACGUUCUUUUGCAUUUUCAUCGGUCCUUUGGACCUGAAACACACCUAGAGAUAGAAAACGAUGCGAUCCUUCAGAUUCUAGCUGCCUUAAGAUGGUCACCAGACGAAGAGAGAACAUGCGAUCAAUGGCUGCAAACUGUUCUUGCUCCAAGCUUUGCCGAAGCGAGCCAAAAGUAUGUUUCCGCUAAUCCUUUAAUCGUAAAACUUGUCGCCUCUAGAGAUUCUUCGACUGAAGAGGCAACUGCUGGAAUAAAGUUUCCUGCAAGAGUCAAAGUGAUAUGAUAAGUGUUUGUUGUAAUUUCAUCUAUAUAUAUAUGGUGAUGAUAGUUACAUAGAUUUCCUCAAAGAGUUUUGUAAUCGGCUUGGUUUGAGUUUGUGCUUUGUCACUAUAAAAUGUAUAUUAUUAUAGGCUUAAAGCUGAGCUAUUAAGUGUGGUAUAUAGCUUUUGGUUUCAGGCAUA